AUGGACUCGACAGAUUUAUGGGCUUCGUUUGUUGAUCGAGUUCAUGAGCUCUUUGGCAAAGGCGUUUCACUGCAGCUCAUCAGUGCUGUUCAUGCAAAUGGAUCAAGAGGGAAACUGGGAAAACCAGCAUUCUUGGAGAAAUGGAUCUCGAGGCUUACAUCACUAACGGCCGAGGAUGACGUUACAUUUGACGUUAAUUUCGAUUGGGAUGAGUCUAUAGGAGUUCCUGGUGCUUUUAUUAUCAGAAACCAUCACCAUAGCCAGUUUUACAUCAAAACAGUCACCUUAGAAGAUGUUCCGGGACACGGCCAACUCCAUUUUGUCUGCAAUUCUUGGGUUUAUCCCGUACAACGUUACAAGUAUGAUCGUGUCUUUUUCGUAAACAAGACAUACCUGCCAUGUGAUACGCCAGAACCACUACGCCUGUAUAGGGAAGAAGAGCUCAUCAAUCUUCGUGGCGAUGGGUCGGGCAUGCUAAAAGAAUGGGACAGAGUCUAUGACUAUGCAUUCUACAAUGACUUGGGAAGUCCUGAAAAGGGAUCAGGCUAUGCACGCCCUGUGCUUGGUGGAUCAGAGGAGUACCCGUACCCACGUAGAGGAAGAACAGGUCGUCAACCAAAUAAAAAAGAUCCUAUGUCAGAAAGGCGAUUGCCUCUCCUAAGUUUAAACAUUUAUGUUCCACGAGACGAGCGUUUCAACCAAGUGAAGUUCUCAGAUUUCAUUGCUUAUGCUCUUAAAUCCCUGGGUCAGGUAUUGCUUCCAGAGAUAAAAUCCAUAACUGACAAAACAUUUAACGAGUUUGAUUCAUUCCAAGAUGUACUUGACCUGUAUGAUGGUGGGGUUAAGCUACCUGACGACCACAAUCUUACAAAACUUAGGCAAUGCGUCUCUUGGGAGUUGCUUAGAGAACUUCUUCGUUCAGAUGGUGAGAAAUUCCUUAAAUUCCCAGUGCCUGAUGUUAUCAAAGAGGAUAAGACUGCAUGGAGAACCGACAUAGAGUUUGGGAGAGAAGUGCUAGCUGGAGUGAAUCCUGUUGUUAUUCGACGCCUAGAGGAGUUUCCCCCAACUAGUAAGCUAGACCCUGAAAAAUAUGGCAACCAAAAUAGUUCAAUGACAAGGGAGCACAUGGAGAAAAACAUGAAUGGGAUAAGAAUAUAUGAGACAAUUGAGCAGAAUAAGCUGUUCAUACUAGAUCACCACGACGCGCUUAUGCCAUACAUUGAACGGAUAAACAAGGAUACAAACACAAGGACAUAUGCUACUCGAACUCUCCUUUUACUACAAGAUGAUGGGACAUUGAAGCCUCUGGCAAUUGAAUUGAGCUUACCAAAUUUCCAGAAUAAAGAACAGGGUGCCAUUAGUCGAGUAUUUACCCCUGCAGAGCAUGGAAUCGAAGGUUCAAUUUGGCAGCUGGCCAAAGCUUAUGCUGCUGUAAAUGAUUCGGGAUAUCAUCAGAUGAUCAGCCAUUGGUUGAACACUCAUGCAAUGAUAGAGCCAUUUAUCAUUGCGACGAACAGACAAUUGAGCGUGCUUCACCCAAUAUACAAGCUUCUGCAUCCCCAUUUCCGUGAUACAAUGAACAUAAAUGCUUUGGCACGGCAGAUACUCAUCAAUGCAGGUGGGAUACUUGAGACAACAGUCUUCCCGGGAAGAUAUUCGAUGGAAAUGUCUUCUUUCAUCUAUAAGUACUGGAACUUUACUGAGCAGGCACUCCCUGCAGAUCUUCUCAAAAGAGGAGUGGCAGUUCCUGAUCCAAGCCAGCCCAGUGGCCUCAGACUCCUAAUAGAAGAUUAUCCUUACGCGGUCGAUGGGCUUGAAAUUUGGUCGGCAAUUAAAGAUUGGGUUGAAGAGUAUUGUUCAUUCUAUUAUCACUCAGAUGACAUCGUCCAAGGCGAUUCGGAACUCCAAUCCUGGUGGAAGGAGCUUCUUGAGAAGGGCCAUGGCGACUUAAAAGACAAACCAUGGUGGCCUAAGAUGCAGACAAGAGAUGAUCUCAUGGAAACCUGCACAAUCAUAAUUUGGGUGGCUACCGCUCUUCACGCAGCAGUCAACUUCGGACAAUAUCCUUAUGCAGGCUACCUUCCAAAUCGACCAACUCUCAGCCGUCGAUUGAUGCCUGAACAGGACACUCCUGAGUAUGCUGAGCUCGAGUCAAACCCUGAUUUGGCGAUCCUGAAAACAAUUACGGCCCAGUUCCAAACCCUUCUUGGCAUUUCUCUAAUAGAAAUAUUAUCCAGGCAUUCGACAGAUGAGAUUUAUCUAGGACAGACAGACACUCCCGAGUGGACUGCAGAUAUUAUACCAAAACAGGCAUUUAUGCGGUUUAGUGCGAAACUGGUCAACAUUGAACAAAGGAUAAUAUCGAGGAACAACGACAAGAGAUUAAAGAAUCGAGUCGGGCCUGUAAAUGUGCCUUACACCUUGUUAUAUCCCAAUACCUCAGAUUACAGUAGAAGGGGAGGACUUACUGGCAAGGGAGUUCCCAACAGCGUUUCAAUAUGA